AACCCCACCCAAAAAAUACAAACCCCACCCAAAAAAUGAAAAAAAAUCACAAAAGCAUGCUGUUAGGUAAAGUUCAACCCAAGGAAAAUACCAAGAAAAAAUGAAAGGAUUCGCUUCAUCAUAUAACUCGACUUUAACUCGCCAUCAUCUCCUCCCCGCUCUCGAUUUCGAUUUUACGUUUCUUGGCCUCUGCAAUUCUGUAAACUUCCCGCUAACCAGUCUUUAAAUAAAACCUUUACAACUUUAUUAUAACUCUAUUCGUUUAACCAAUUUCAACCAAGAUUGGCCUGAUCUGCAGAGAACAAGAGAAAGAGAAACAAAAUUGGCCUGUAAAUUAUGAGAAUGUCAUGUUAAUGAUAGAUUAAUAAAACCCAACAUAAGUUUAGGUUUCGUUUUGGGAAAAAGCAAUAGAUUUGUGUUAGUGACAACAGAUUUUGAAACAGAAAAAAACCGGAAACUAGGGUUUCGAUUGGUACCCUAGGGUUUGGAGAUAAUUAGGGUUUGUGAAAUAUCGAGGGGUUUGAAUGGACCCGCAGGCUCUAGAUGAUAUAAUAAACAGGUUGCUGGAAGUGAGAGGGUCGAGGCCUGGCAAGCAGGUUCAGCUCUCCGAGGCAGAGAUCCGACAGCUCUGUCUCUCCUCCAAGGAUAUUUUUAUGAGCCAGCCCAAUUUGUUGGAACUCGAGGCACCAAUCAAAAUAUGCGGUGACAUUCAUGGCCAAUACUCUGAUCUUUUAAGACUCUUUGAAUAUGGUGGUUUACCACCUCAAGCCAAUUAUCUAUUCUUAGGGGACUAUGUUGACCGUGGAAAGCAAAGUCUAGAGACAAUAUGCCUUCUGCUUGCUUACAAAAUAAAAUACCCAGAGAACUUCUUCCUUUUGCGAGGCAAUCAUGAGUGCGCCUCAAUCAAUCGUAUAUAUGGAUUCUAUGAUGAGUGUAAACGCAGGUUUAAUGUCAGAUUAUGGAAAGUUUUUACAGAAUGUUUCAACUGUUUGCCAGUGGCUGCUCUCAUAGAUGAGAAGAUUCUAUGCAUGCAUGGAGGCCUUUCACCAGAUCUAAACAGCCUGGAUCAAAUAAGAAACAUAUCUCGUCCCACAGAUGUUCCAGAUACGGGGUUGUUAUGUGAUCUUCUCUGGUCUGAUCCUAGCAAAGAUGUUCAGGGAUGGGGUAUGAAUGAUAGAGGGGUGUCUUAUACCUUUGGUCCGGACAGAGUGUCUGAAUUUCUCAAAAAGCAAGACCUAGAUCUUAUUUGUCGUGCACAUCAGGUUGUUGAAGAUGGUUACGAAUUCUUUGCUGACAGACACCUUGUGACAGUAUUUUCGGCCCCAAAUUACUGUGGUGAAUUUGAUAAUGCUGGUGCAAUGAUGAGUGUGGAUGAAUCAUUAAUGUGCUCAUUUCAGAUACUAAAACCAGCAGAGAAGAAAAUCAAGUUAGGUAGUUAUGGAAACUCAAAUGCAGCCACAGCUAAACCAGGAACACCCCCACGUGGAAUGCGGUCUUUGUUGGGGGCUAAAGUAUAGCUUGUACAGGUUGAAAUGGAUCAAUUGGAAAUAUAUGAUGUCAAAGCAUGAGGGUGCCAGUGACUUUUCAACUCUGCAACAAACCGUUUUUAAAUCACACCCAUACGAUGGGUUUAGAGCCUCAGCUCACAGAAGUUGAUGUUUUCGGAAAAUUUCUGAGCCAAAUUUAUGAGAAGAUUCUAUAACUCUUGAGAAAAACACUUAAGUUUUCUACAUAUGUUGUAAUUAGAAAUCUGGAACCGUUUACAUGUGCGAAGAUAAGCGUGUUGGAGAUGUUUUUGUAUGUAUAUUAGUGACAAGUAAAAAGUGUGUUGUAUCUCUCUGUUGUGACUUAUGAUCUUUAUUGUGGUGCUGUGCUACCUCAACGUAAGGGUUCAUACGAGUGCUGUGGAAGAGACUCGCAAACUGACUGUUGCUGAUUCUAUCUUCAUAUAGGGAUGAUACUGGAGAACACUUAUUCACAGGAGGAUCAGUUAAGCAUUUGUGUAAUUAAUUAGUAAAUGUGACAGGUAAUUUUAAUGCUGUCUGAACCACUGGGACCAGCCAUACAAGAAACUUUUAUUUUAUGUUGUAACAAUGUUGCUUUCAGAGUUGGAAAGUGUAGUCGAUGGCAUCGUCGAUUCCACCUGCCAAAUAUGAGUAAUAUUUUCUUUUA